GAGAGAGAAGGUCCUGCAUCUUCAGCUCUGACUUGUCCACAUAAUCUUACAUGAAGACAGUGGACAUGAGAGGACAGACGCCACUGUGAACUGUGUCUGCUUUGUUUUGAAAGGAUUCCCUUCUCCUCUUCUUCUUCCUCCUCCUCACCCUCCGCGCAGAGAGACAUGUCCGUGUCCCUGUCCAGCUUCCCCGUGAUGCUGAAGGACAAGAGCUUCCCAGUGGGGAUGCUGAAGGCCAGUCCCGCGCGCAGCUUCUACCACGCGCCUCUCCACGGCUCGCACCACUUCAUGGACUUCUUCCCGCAGACGCACAACCUCCUGCACCCGCUCAAGUCCCUCGGUCGCCUGGUGUCGGACACGCAGGCGUCCCUGCCGCUCAGCCUGCAGGCCGGAGGUGCCCCCGCGUUCCACCACGUCCCGGUGCACAUGCUGAACGGCUCCGGGAUUCCUUACCUGAACCAGCAGGUGCUGCCCGGUCACUCGCUCUACUCCAAACCGGAGGAGCUGGCUGCUGUGGUGACGGAGCACGCGGCGGGUCCACUGUCCUCAGACUUCAGCAGUCCGUCCAGUGACCGCUGCUCGUCCACGUCCAUCAACACCACCUCGCCCCCAAAGGAGGGCCUGUUUCGGUUCCGUGGCGCGGACGUGUCGCCGGAAAAAGCACGCGCGUCCUACAAUUUCAGCGAGGACGACUUGUUCAUGGUGCUCUAUGGUUAUUCUGGCGGCCAGGAGCGCAGCGUGGGUCGCGUGGGUCACGCGAUAUCAGGAGUGGCCCUGCCUGAAAACUCAGUGUGUGACUCUCACUCUGUCCCACUGGAUAAAGAAACUCUGGAACUUCCAGAAGGUCUCACUGUCCUCAGAGCCGCGUGGGGAAACGUGUCUCACUGUGGAAUCUUCACGGACAAAAGCAGCAUCGCCAAAGGAACUCGCUUUGGACCUUUCCAAGGAAAACUGGUCAACACCAGCGAGAUAAAGACGUAUGAUGACAACACGCUGAUGUGGGAGGUGUUUGAGAACGGCCGGCUGAGUCACUUCGUGGACGGCAGAGGAGGAUCGGGGAACUGGAUGUCCUUGGUGAAGUGCGCUCGUUUCCCAGAGGAGCAGAACCUGAUCGCGGUGCAGGUCCAGGGUCAGAUCUUCUAUGAGACCUGUAAGGAGGUCAGACCAGGUCAGGAGCUCCUGGUCUGGUAUGGAGACUGUUACCUGCAGUUCCUCGGGAUCCCACUCACACUGAAGGACUCCAGAGAAGACAGCAGCGCGGUUCCUCCCACUGAAGACAGUGGAGAGGGAUUCAAGUGCGACAGGUGUGGGAAGGUGUUCGCCUACAAAUACUACAGAGACAAGCACCUCAAGUACACGCGCUGCGUGGACCAGGGCGACCGGAAGUUCCCCUGCCACCUGUGCAACAGAUCCUUCGAGAAGAGGGACAGACUGAGGAUCCACAUCCUGCACGUGCACGAGAAACACAGGCCGCACAAGUGCUCCGUGUGUGGAAAGAGUUUCUCUCAGUCCUCCAGUCUCAACAAACACAUGCGUGUUCACUCUGGAGAAAGACCAUACAAGUGUGUCUACUGUAAUAAGGCCUUCACUGCCUCCAGUAUCCUGCGCACUCACAUCCGCCAGCAUUCGGGAGAGCGGCCCUUCAAGUGUAAGCACUGCGGGAAGGCCUUCGCCUCCCACGCCGCCCACGACAGCCACGUGCGGCGGACCCACGCCAAGGACAAGCCGUUCCCCUGCGAUCUGUGCGGGACCUCGUUCCAGGAGAAGCAGGAGCUCCAAUUCCACAUGACAAGUCACAAAAAUAGACAGAUGAUGGACAGCACAGUCCUUCCGUCUUCGCCGGGGACUGAGUUACAGGAGGACACCGUCAUCGUUCCAGUGAAGGACAGUCCAGCAGCGGGACAAACAAAAGCCAGACACAACUUCACGUACACCGGGUUAACGGUUUUAAAUCCGGAGUAUCGGCCCUGGAAAUAAUCGUGUUGAGCUACACAACUCGAGGCAUAAGCUCCUAUUAUGCAAUAAUGUAGGAGCUUAUAGAUGUUUUUCCUUUUAGUUAAUGCUGCUUAAGACCAAAAAAAAAGACAUAU